GCUCCGGUAUAAGCUGUCCGGGAAAAUUCGUCCGGUCAGUCUAGUCUAACGGUUCCGCGAGUGAAAUGGUUAAGGAGAGGAAGGUGUGGUACAUAUCUUUUGGGAAUUCCCCUACCACCACUGAUGAUUGUUUUAUUUAACAGAAAAGUGAAAGUGAAACGACAGUUUGAUGACGGAUAUGUUUGUAUGGUUCUGUUGACAAAGUUUUGGAAAACCAAUAACUUUGCCAUUAAUUGUGUCUCGUUGUGCCCGACAGGAGGGCUCAAGCUCUCAUCUCAAAUUUACUGGAUACAAUGUGUUUAUAGUUACAGAAGAAACAAAAUGCUAGCGAUGGUGACUGGAAUUAAAUUCCGAUCUCUACAAAUCUAAUGAAAACAACGUAACUGGGCGAAAGAAUAAAAUAAACUAGGAAAAAUCAAGCAUGAUUGUUAUGUUAACCAACCCGUCAUCGAUUCUUUACGGCAAACGGAAAUCAAUUAGCUACAUCUUACAAACAGAUGAAAUUGUGUUACGAUUCAGUCCUGAUGGGCCCAACCGAGGAGGGAAAAUAAAAGUAAUGACACACACCAUCAGUUCAGUGAUCCCUUGAGGAUCUCACGACGAGGAAAUCCCACACUCGAUUUCGUCCGUCGUACCCGGUGAAGAAGAGAAAGACUAGUUGUGUGUGAGGACCCCCUGCCCGAACCCAAAGUGCCCAAUAUUGAAAUGGAACCAAUCAAGAAGAAGAAGAAGUGUCAACCGAAGAAGUGUGCCCGGCAGGGACGAAGAUUCGUGCUGCUUGUGAUGAUGCUGUUGGCCAAAUUGCCGUGGCUGCAAAUGUCCAUCAUCGGGGUGUCGUCUUCAUCGUUUAACUUCCUGAGGCGACCCCACGCUGGCUUGUGCGAUUGCCUACCAGCUGGGGGAGGAGGAGGAGGAGGAGGAGCAGUAGCAGGUGUGGGUGGAUCUGGAGACCGGGCGUCGUUUACCGGUAAUGGCACUAGUUGGUCCCCGAUGGCUGCCUCAAGGAGUGGCAGAGGAAGCAGAGCGUCAUAUCGCGAGACGGAAGUGCCAAUCGGAUUUCUUGCUGGCUAUGUUCAUUCGAAGGUGAUUCUUGGGGCGCUACUGUUGGCAAUCGAAAACAUCAACAACGACACUAAUCUGCUUCCGGGAAAAACAAUCAAACUGAAGCCGGUUGAUAUCGGGGCCCAGAAAUCGUUGAAAUCCUACGCCAUACGGAAAAUGACUGAAAUGCGAGACGACGGCAUUGCGGCCUUCAUCGGUCCGGACGAAACCUGCACCACGGAAGCACUGGUGGCUGCCGCCUGGGACAUUCCUAUGAUUUCCUAUAAAUGUGCCGAUGUAGCCGUUUCGGACAAAAGCGUCUAUACCAGCUUCGCCCGAACCCUGCCUCCGGCCACGAAAGUCUCCAAGAGCGUCGUGUCCUUGCUGAUGGCUAACAGUUGGCACUGUUUUUCGCUGGUAGCCGGGAAACAUCCAGCCUGGAGUAUGGAAAUCGCCCACGCAAUUAAGAUUCAAGCCGAAAACUAUAAUUUAACUGUCAAUCACUUCCGAGAGUACUCCGACUAUAUCCCGUCCAAAAUCCAUAAGUUGCAGAAAAUUGUGGACGAAACAUAUCAAACUACUCGAAUUUAUGUGUUUGUGGGUGACUACAUCGAGAUGGUAGAUUUCGUUAGGUGCAUGCAUUUUCGGAAACUUUUAAGCAGUGGAAAAUACAUGGUUAUUUCUAUCGACGAUGAGGUCUAUGACCCACACAUGAAACGCAACAUUUAUCAAGAAUAUUCGGACUUCUAUCAGAAGUACAAAGGCGAUACCAACAGCACGGUCGGCGGCAGCGGCGUUAUGAAUGGAAACCACUUGAAAGAAAAGUUUCCCAACAGAAAGCGAUACAGCUACAAAGAUGUCCAGGAUCGGCUGCACGAGGCGUUUGAAUCUGUGCUGCGUAUUUCGCCACUUUUUCCAAUGAAUCCACAGUACAAGGAUUUGUGUCAGCAAUUCAAAACCUAUGCCAAAAAGGAUCCAUUCCGUGUGCCACUGCCAUCUAGUAUGAAAAUUUUAAAUGAAUUACAGGUUCCGAUACACGCGGCCCACCUGUACGAUGCCCUUCUGAUUUACGCACGAGCCGCAACAGAAGUCCUCCGGGAGGGUGGCAAUCUUCGCGAGGGAAAACAGAUUAUGCGCCAUAUUUUCAACCGGUCGUAUCAUUCGAUACAGGGAUUCGAUGUCUACAUCGAUGAGAACGGCGAUGCAGAGGGCAACUUCUCGGUGAUAGCGCUGCAAAAAGACGAGAAAGCCAACAACUCGCUGCACAAGUCGAUGCAACCAGUCGGGAUGUUUGUGUACGGCGGAACCGGAAACAGCAACGGCAGCAACGGUCUGCCCGAAUUCAAAUAUCUCAACCCGGCCCGAUCGAUCAUGUGGAUCGGGGGUGGACCUCCGUUGGCCGAACCGCCCUGUGGAUUCCGUGGGGAAAAGUGCCGACCCAAGAGCCGCGAUUGGCGCUACAUCACCGGCAUGUUGGUGGCCGUCCUGUUCGUUAUCAUCUUUGCCAUCAUUCUUUUCAAACAUUAUCGAUACGAGCAGACCCUGGCCUGUCUCCUGUGGAAGGUCGAUAUGAAGGAUGUUACCAUUAUUAACUCACCGGAUGCCGUUUAUUUUAACGAUUCAAAGAAAAAGUUGACGCAGGUCUGUAGACAAAGUAUUUUGGCAGCGGGUGGCGAAACGACGAAACGUGCCUUCACUAAUAUAGGACUCUAUCGAGGAAACAUUGUUGCCAUCAAGUACGUCCACAAGCGUUCCGUAGACAUCACCCGAGCCAUCCGGAAAGAGCUAAAACAGAUGCGGGAGCUACGGCAUGAGAAUCUUAUCACCUUCAUCGGGGCCUCGGUAGAUCAUGGAACGGUGGCCAUCCUGACCAGUUACUGUGCCCGCGGCAGUUUGGUGGAUGUUCUCGCCAACGAAGAUCUCUCUUUGGAUCACAUGUUCGUGUCGUCACUGGUCAGUGACAUCAUCAAGGGGCUGAUCUAUCUGCACGAUAGCGAUGUUGGAUCGCACGGCAACUUGCGAUCCAGCAAGGUUCUGAUCGAUUCACGUUGGGUUGCUCAGAUCUCCGACUUCGGAUUGCACGAGUUUAAGUCAUCGCAGGAGGAACCGAAUAAAUUUGAAAAGGAGCUGCAAAGAAGUCUUUGGAAAGCUCCUGAAAUUCUUCGGAAUCCGAAUACUCCAGCUAGAGGCACCCAGAAGGGUGACGUUUAUUCAUUCGGUUUGAUCCUUUAUGAUAUAAUUGCGAGAAAAGGACCAUGGGGUGAUAUUGGUUUGAGCCGUCAAGAAAUCCUUGCACGAGUUAUUUCGCCACAAAAUUAUGGCAUCUUUCGGCCACUAUUGAGGGGUUUGGACACCCCGGACUAUGUUAUUCAAUGUUUGCAAGCCUGCUGGGAGGAAGAUCCUGAAGAACGUCCGGAUAUUCGGUUGGUUCGAAUGAAACUAAAGCCGAUGCAAGCUGGACUAAAACCCAAUAUUUUCGACAAUAUGUUGGCUAUAAUGGAAAAGUACGCCUACAACUUGGAAGGGAUUGUUCAAGAAAGAACGAAUCAACUCACGGAAGAGAAGAAAAAGACGGAAUCCUUAUUGCUGCGAAUGUUACCAAGGAGCGUUGCUGAAUCACUUAUGCGCGGAGAGCGCGUUGAAGCGGAAUGUUUCGAUUGCGUUACGAUCUUCUUCAGUGACCUAGUCGGUUUCACAGAAUUGUGUGCCCAGAGCACCCCUUUCGAGGUGGUCGAAAUGCUAAACGACCUGUAUACCUGUUGCGACUUCAUCAUAUCCAGCUACGACGUCUACAAGGUGGAAACCAUUGGCGAUGCGUACAUGGUAGUAUCGGGGCUUCCGAUACGCAAUGGAGAUCGGCACGCGGGAGAAAUUGCCUCGCUGGCGUUGCAUCUGUUGAAGUCGAUAUCGAAGUUGGAGAUAAGACAUCGCCCAGGGGAGUUCGUUCAGAUUCGGAUUGGAAUCCAUUCGGGUCAAUGUGUAGCCGGCGUUGUGGGUUUGAAGAUGCCUAGGUAUUGUUUGUUUGGAGACACUGUUAAUACUGCUUCCCGGAUGGAGAGUAAUGGAGAGGCGUUGAAGAUUCACAUUUCUUCGGUAACGUACAAUUUGCUGAAGAAAAUCGGUGGCUACAAGUUCGACGAACGUGGAAUUGUUCAUAUAAAGGGAAAGGGUGAUAUGAGAACCUUCUGGCUGGUCGGGGAGGAUGACCAGAAAAAGAUGGACCGUUUCGGAUCCAAUGAUGCAGUUACUAACAUUUCUCUCUCGAUUAUUCCCGACUUGAUACGGUCCCCUGGUCAAUCGGACUCCAAUCUAACGAGUUCAAUCCAUCAACUAAGCAGGAAUAAUUCCUCGUUUGCCAUACCACCACACAGUUGUAGCAAUCAGGAAAUCCCAGUUCCGAACGGGCCCUAUAAUCUGGGUUGCUACAUCUGCCGGAAGCGCAAACGAGUGUUUCAACAAAGAUCGGCACUGGAUUCAAAUCGUGGAACGUCUCAAAAUUUCCACAUCAUCGGAAGUGGUCCUCUGCUGAUGACCGAAGGUGCCGGGGCAGCGCUGGAACCGGAAGGUCAACUUAUUGCUGCGCGAGCCAGCAAGCUGGAUGACAGUUUCUGUACCUGUCGGCAGCAGUAUUGCCUGCUGGAUUACUACAACGAUAGCCUCAUGACCGUGAGGACCAUCCGGGAGCCGAGAUCGGCACCGAUGAUAACCUUCAUGCAUCAGUGAAUGGGAUUAAGAUGGGAGGAAUAAUGAAAUGGUUUCACAACGUUAGUGUUUAUAUACAAUUUUGUAAGGACUUAUAAUUAUGGAUGUACCAGAUGUACUACAA